AUGACAUUUGCUUCGCAUUUCCACAUGUCCGGCACGUUUCACGACGGCGUCCACCCGGGCCUGUUCCGGCCGCCCGCGUCGCCCAGCUCCAGCACCGACUAUCUCUCGUCGUCGACCUUUGCGACCGAGUCCUCCAAGCGGAAAUGGAGCCGCAGCAGCGUCCCUCGCGUGCAGACCGGCGGCUUCUUUGAGGAGGUCUACAUGGACAGCGCCCCGAGAGCCUAUGCCCUCGCCGGCCAGCUUCACACGCCCGUCAUCGGCUCCAAUCCCGACGACGCCGACACCGCCAUGGGCGAGAGCAUGUACUCCGACUCCGACUAUAGACGAGCCCUGGGCACGAAGCGAUCGCGAGAUGAAAUGGAUGACGACUCCAACGGGCCGACGCCGCUCUUCACCCAGCCCGAACCCAUACAGUCGACACAAUCUGCGGGUUGGGGAUCAUUUGCCUUUUCCACCAUUGGGGGCGUCGUUGGCCGGGUGUGGGAGUUUUGCAAGGCCGGUGCCUUCAAGGGCUUUUACGCAGGAGGCGGCACGUCGUAUAAGAUGACGAGUGCAGGUGUUAGCGUUGACGAGACGGGCUCCAACGGCGACCAGACAGCACGACAUGGACGUGAACAGCUCUCCAAACGGAGCCACUACAGCAGCAACAGCCAGAAUGCGGGCUAUGAGUCUCCAUACGACAGCGGUGCAUCAACGCCCACCGGCCCGGCGCCCAAGCGACGCAGGCAUACCGAGAGCGGGAGUGAGCUGGGCAACAACUGGGUCAUGGUCCACGAGCUCGACCGCGAGACUGAGACAAGGACGCCCCGAAAGCUACCCUCUUCAGCUCGUGUAUCCCCUCGCCAUCGCGCCCAGCAGACGCCCAUGGCCGACCACCGCAUGGGGCCCCCAAGCAGCUUUUCCACACCCACAACCUCUAGCCCAGCUCCUCUUCGCCCUGCCAGUCGCGCCGCAAGCCGUCCGGGCAGUCGAAUGUCCGAUGUGAGCUCCCUUAGGCCCCUGCAGCCGGCAUCGGCAGCUUCGUUUGCCUCCUUCAAGGCCCCCGUAAGCGUCCCCAAGCCGCCUACAGCCAGCAGGAUCCCUCAGAGCCGGAGGCGCCGACACACACUCAUACCGUCGUCUUCCGAGCCGUCGGCCUGGUCUGGGCGUCGCCGCCGCGACAGCAUAGCCUCAGUGGCUACUAGUAGAGUCAACGAGAUUGACGCCAGCCCACGGCUCGACGCCGAGGCCAGGAAACUGGCUGUUCGCCGCCAAAUGGAGGAGCGCGAUGCCGACGAGCGCAUGUCGGCUUUCAACAAACAAUUACAAGACAUGAUCCGACAGGGUCGAGAAGCUCUGGGGACGACUGUUGAGGUUGAGCCCGGUUGGGAAGAC